GUUCUGAGGGAAAAAAAAACGACAUAUUCAAAUAUUUCAAACUGACGUAACGGCCGUUGUUCAUUGUUGUCAAAGAACAUUUAAAAUACCUACUUUGUUCUGUGACUGUAUUGAGAAAAGCUAGAAAUUUAAUUUCGCUGUUUUACCGACGUAAUAAUUAUAUUAUUGAAAUGGCUGAUUCACUAUUCAAUAUAUUCGGGGACCAUUUAACAAGACAUCCCAUGAAAAAUGUUUCUCGACAACCGCUAUCCAAUAUCGAAAACAUGGGCAAAACAGUGCUAUCUGGUCCGUACAAACCAAACGAGCCUGUGAAGAAAAUGGGGGAGACAAAAAAGUCUUUCCUAUCGAACACGGGCAAAGCUUUGCAGAGCACACCAGCAAGACAGGCGUUCACCCCGCGCGCCAUCAACAUUGGCUCCAUGAUAUACAGCGAUGAGAAUGUGGAAAAUGAAUGUAAAAUUGAAGAAUUAGAAUUUACUAAACCUACGAAUAAAUAUGAUAAUUACCACAAGGAUCUGUUUGAUUUCUUACCCUUGCCGGAGACUGAUGUGUGGAAGGAGGAUUCACCUCCCAACACGCCACCUCCAGCCCAGAAGAAGCACUCCAUGGACUUGGAUUGCUCAUAUCAGGACGAGUUCUUUACAGAUGACUUUUCAAAUGAAAGCAUUCCCGAAGAGGAUUUAGGGUUACCAGCUUUAUACUAAGUUUGGUAUGUUUGGAGGCUAUCUCACAUAUCUCACAUCAUCUGAUGGUACAAAACAUCCAUAUUAGGAUGAUACAAUGUCCAGUGAUUAGAUUAUAGCUAAGUUUAGGUGAACUUGAUCAAUAUCAUCUAGAAUAACUUUUGUAUUUAUCUAUGAAUUUUUCUAAUAAAUUGAUCAGGUGUGCCUUACUAAAUUAUAAGGAAUAUUGGUCUUUUUAAAUUAUAAGUUAUGAAGUUUAAGAUUUCUUACGUUUCCCUAACCAUUAUAGUGCGCACUCGUCGUGAGCGUGGCAAACUAACAACUAUCACUGCGAUUUUUUGAUCGCAUGUUAAAUCCACCAAAACGCAACUCCUGUCAAUUCGCUCAGCCUUUGAAGAGGCCCUAGGUAUAAUAACUGUUAGCUUUACAUUGUAAGUUUCUUGGUAACAGUCCCGUUUUUACUGUGAUAUUUAGGCAGUCUUCACGAAAGUAAUACAAUGCUUGUGAAUUGUGAUUGGAGACAUUAGUAGAACCUUUUUAUAGUAUGUAUCCUCAUUUGGGCAUAACACAUUAGCUUUAAAUUUUUGUACCCUAAUAUAAAAGAAACAUAUUGUUGAUACCUUAUAAUUUCUAAUAACUAUUAAAUAAAUAGAACACACCAAAUUGUAUUUAAAAUAAUAUAUCCUACCAUCACUUAUUUUUUUAAUUUCUAUGGAAAUCAUUUUGUUCUUUGUAAUUUAAUUGGUAACUUGUUUGUACCAUAUUGACAAUAAAUGUUUGCACUUUUCAAUUCA